AUGCAUCUUUCAAAAUCCGCUCUAUCAUGGGUAACUGGUAUUACCAGCCUCAUUGCCACCAGUGAUGCCACGCCUCUUGAGAAGCGUGUCACUACAUCGCCCGCCGCACCAUUCGACGGAUGUCUCUAUCAGGUGUCUAAAGUUGGGGCCUUCAAUUCCCGCAUCGCUGUCACGAACUGGAACAAGUUCCCCUUCACCCUCAAAGCCACCGAUCGCACUGGUAGCCCGGCUCGUGUGCGAUGGAACCCUGCCAACGUCGGUGUAGACGCCAAUGACGGCAGUCUCACCUUGACUGUUCCCGGAGGCCAAGCAACAUGCUCCGACGACAGUCCUUGUGGAAGUGCCCAGAUCACCACCGCAUACGACGAUAUCAUGUACGGAAGCAUGCGUACUGUCGCAAAGACACCCAAUGUCUGGGGCACCGUCAGUGCUAUGUUCUUCUACAGUGAUGACAACAAUGAGGCGGACAUCGAAAUCCAGACUGGAAAUACCACUUACGCACACUUUACCAACCAGGACUGGUACGGAGACAACGCUAUGUCGAACAGCAGUGUUGUUGCAGAUACUUCGGCUGCUUACCACGAAUACCGUAUUGACUGGGUGCCUGGAAGAACUGAUUACUACGUGGAUGGCAAACUUCUGCAGACCUACACCAAAUUCGUGCCUAGGACGAGCGGAUAUUGGAUGUGGAACUCUUGGACAAACGCCGGUUACUGGACCUACGGCCCUCCAGCCAAGGAUGCUGUCCUUCACAUCAAGUCUAUCGAUGUAUACUUCAACCGUACGAGUAUCACUACCUGUGGUAGCGCUUCUUGA